CCGCUCAAUCGGCCGUACAUAUCAAGAUAGAAAAACAAGUCAGGAUCAGUUGUGAACUUUGGCCUCCACUAAGAGGUCAUUACUGAGGGAUGGUGUCUGCACAGUGCCAGAUUAUCAGAGCUUCCUUGUCAGUAACAUAACGGCUCUAUGGUGCCGUUGGUGUCUUCAAUCUUUGUUGCCAUGGCUUCGGAGUCAGUGGAGUAUCCUUUUUUUGUGCUGCGUGUUAGAGCACAAUUACACGUGUGAAUGCAGUCUAGAGUAAAAGCAACGUUUGUUAUUUCACUUAAAAUACUUUUUCUUUUAUAUUCCGUUGUCAAAAUAACUCUGUCGCCAUCUAGCGGUGGGAAAGUAUACCAUUUCAUUUUAGGUGAUUUAUCUCGUCUGUACAGCACCUUGGUAAACGUGUUUAAACGUGCUCUAUAAAUACAUUCACUGCCUAUUACAUUUUUGCCAUUGACUACCGCGCUAUAAAAAAUACUAGCCUACUGUACACCGCGCAACGAGGUUAAGACUCUUACCGAGUUCUCAAGUUUUAUCAAAUGUUUUGCUUAAGAUGACCAUGAUACCUGUCAACGUGCUCAAAUCUGGGAGAGCGGGUGCUGCCGGUGUCUCGAGACAGCUAUCAACUCAGCAGAAAACCUACCUCUUUAGCCUAUGCCUGCGCCUCGUCAAUUUAAUUGUAUACAGCGGGACACGUAAUCCCUUAAUUACUUCUCAGCGAGAAGUUGGUGCGUGAGAGCGUGAGUGAGUGUACGGCGAAAGCGUGAGACUUGAGAGCCCCGGUUUAAAUACCCAGUAGCCUAUUUGGACUGGUUAAGUAGGCUAUAGCAACAUGGUUCCAAGAUAACCUAUUUGCACACAGUCCUUAAUUAGUAGCCUAGUUAAGCAGGUAACGGAUCAGACUCCUGGUUUCGUCAACUAGAUAUUUAUACGUAGUGAGUACUUUCCGGAGGCCUUAGAAGCAGAGGUUAAACCUUGAGAGGAUUAGUUUUUCAUCCACACCUGCUCCAAAGUCCUGUCCUGUUUGUGUCGCGUUCCGCUGGCGCUUCAUGUUUAUGAAGCGGCCGGUGACGACCUGACAGCAACCAGGGACCGCGACACCUUCUAUCUAUAACGCAGUAAUUACAUCCGUGACAACAAAUUACACAUUUAAGAGUAUUGUUUAUAGAAGUAAAACACUAGAUCACAACAACCCAAAGUAAAUUGACAGCCUAGCCUACUUGAUAAACUAUGGUUCGAACAUUUGACCUUGUUAUUUUUUAUUCAUUUAAUGCGUCAUUGUUGCCGGGGAAACGUAAUGAUUCUAUUGUAGAUAGUCUACUGAAAGCCAUAUUUGUGCUGUCCGACGUAGGCUUGCCGUGUGUGUUUCAUCAGGAUACUAUGGGUGAAGCAGGUAGCUUUAAAGCUGUCGGCAGGGCCAUGCGCUUGUUUAAGAAGGUGGGGUGAAAUUGCAUCCUGCAAAUGAUGCGAAAAGUGUCAACAGUUCUUAUUGACGUCAAAAAAGACGCUCUCAUUUAAUCCGUUUGACACAUGUAUAACGUGACCCACUUAAUCUAUUUUAACGUAAUGUAGCCAUAUGGUGUGCCGAGUCACGGUGAGCCGCAGGUGCGGGCCUCACCUUGCGGCUGCCGCCACCGGCUGUCACCGGGACAGGCAUAACCCGUGUCCAUUAUGCAGGUCCCGUCUUUGCCGGAAGAAGAUGAGACGGACGAAAAUGCAGAGAGUCACCAGUGCUUCACAGUCAUUCCACUCACUUCUGAUUGCCCCUCGAGAUAUGCAAUUGGGGAGGAGGAUGUGGAGACGCAGUGUGGGCUGGUCCGCUGCUCCGUGAAGGGGGUGCCGAAGAGCGCUCGCCCAGCCAUCCUCACCUACCAUGACAUCGGGCUGACCUACAAGUCGUGCUUCGACCCUCUGUUCAACCACGAGGACAUGCACGAGAUCAGCCGACACUUUGCUGUGGUCCACGUCCACGCCCCUGGGCAGCAUGAGGGAGCCUCCACACUGUCCACAGGGUACACCUACCCCAGCGUGGAGCAGCUCUCUGAGACCCUGCCACAGAUCCUCAAGCACUUUGGAUUGAAGAGUAUUAUUGGACUGGGCAUGGGUGCCGGUGCUUUCAUCCUGGCUAACUUCGCUUUAAACCAUCCUGACAUGGUGGAGGGGCUGACUCUCAUCAACAUCAACGCUGGAGCAGAGGGCCUGAUCGACUCUGUCACACAGAAGAUCAGCGGCUGGACCCACACCCUGCCCGACACCAUCAUCUCACACCUGUUUGGAACUGAGGAGAUCCAGAACAACCACGACCUGAUUGCCACCUACCGCCACCACAUCCAGAACCAGGUGAACCAGGCCAACCUGCAGCCCUUUGUGAGGUCCUACCAGAGCCGGCUUGCUCUGGAGGUGCAGAGGCCAGAGAUAGGCAGCAGCAUCAACGUCAGGACCCUCAAGUGCCAGACUUUGCUGGUGGUGGGCGACCAGUCCCCUGCGGUUGAGGCUGUGGUGGAGUGCAACUCCAAGCUCAACCCCACCAAGACCACCCUGCUGAAGAUGGCAGACUGUGGAGGACUGCCCCAGGUGGACCAGCCUGCUUCCCUGACCGAGGCAUUCAAGUACUUCAUCCAGGGCAUGGGCUACAUGUCGGCGGCCAGCAUGACUCGUCUGGUGCGUUCCCGUACUGCCUCUGGCUCCAGCCUCUCCUCCUUCGAAGGGAACCGGAGCCGCGCCCACACCAACGAGGGGCGGGGCAAAUCCGCCCUCGCCGACCCCCGGGGCAACUCUAACACCGACGCCUCCAUGGAGGGCAUCUCCGUGACAACCUCCGACCACUCGGCGAUUAAGUCCACAGAGAUGGCCUGCUAGGACAACCUCAGCCUCUCGAUCUCCGACCCCUCUGACCUCCGACCCCUCUCGCCCGGCCGGGAAACGAUCUGUCCUCUCUGGUCCUGAGCUUGUUUUCUUUGUCUUCUACCUGCUGUCCUCUCCCCUCCGUCCUCUCCCCUUCCUUCCCACCUGGUCCACCUCUCUGGUCCACCUCUCUGGUCUCUGCCACCACCUGUGUUUCUGCCGAAGAUAAUAAACUCCUGCUGUGUGCCAGACUUCCCUCACGCUCCCUCCCUCCGCUCGCCUGUGGCGUUGUCCACGCCCCUACUCCUCCUCGCUCCUCUCUGCCCCGGCCAGCUUGCCGUCACCCAGCAGGGAGUCACAGAGACCGCUAGGGGUCAGGAGAGAUGGCCAUGCCAGACCACAAGGUUUGACACCAUAAAAUGUAAUCAUAACAUAUUCAUUUAGCAGACGCUUUUAUCUGUCGAAAGCCAUGUACAGCACAGGGGAAUUUGAACCAGAGAUCAACUCGAGCUGCAGGCGUAUGCUCUAACCACUGAGCUAUACCGAUAUGGGUUGUCCAAAACUGAAAACGUAGCGAUAGUAGUCUUGAACAACUGACGUGUUACUGAGUGUUA